UCAUCCGCCAUUUUGUGCGAAGCAAGGUGGCCUCCACGUUCCCCGAGCGUCUUCUGCGCUUCUGCCUCGACCGCCCCUUGACCGCACCAAUGUCUCGGGACCGGUUCCGGAGUCGCGGCGGCGGCGGCGGCGGCUUCCACCGGCGCGGAGGAGGCGGCGGCCGCGGUGGCCUUCACGACUUCCGCUCCCCGCCGCCAGGCAUGGGCCUUAACCAGAACCGUGGUCCGAUGGGUCCCGGCCCGGGCGGCCCUAAGCCCCCAAUCCCGCCGCCGCCUCCGCACCAGCAGCAGCAACAGCAGCCGCAGCCGCAACCCCCGCCGCAGCAGCAACCUCCUCCACAGCAGCCGCCGCCGCAUCAGCCGCCGCCGCCGCAUCCACAAGCGCAUCCUCAGCAGCAGCCGCCGCCGCCGCCGCAGCAGCAGCAGGACUCGUCCAAGCCCGUCGUGCCGCAGGGACCCGGGCCGGCUCCCGGGGUCGGGACGGCGCCGCCGGCCUCGGGCACGGCUCCACCGGCCACGCCGCCGGCCACCGGCGCCCCUCCGGGCCCGGGGCCCACCCCGACGCCGCCCCCCGCCGUGACCGCCGCCCCUCCGGGGGCGCCCCCGCCGGCCCCGCCGACCAGCGGCGUCCCGACCACUCCCCCGCAGACCGGGGGCGGCCCGCCGCCUCCACCCCCGCCGGCCGCCGGCCCCGUCCCGGGGCCAGGGCCUAAGCCGGGUCCCGGUCCCGGAGGCCCGAAAGGAGGCAAGAUGCCCGGAGGCCCGAAACCCGGCGGCGGCCCGGGCCUGGGCACGCCCGGCGUGCACCCGAAGCCUCCGCACCGGGGCGGCGGGGAGCCUCGCGGGGGUCGCCAGCAUCACCCGCCCUACCACCAGCAGCACCACCAGGGCCCUCCGCCCGGCGGGCCCGGCGGCCGCAGCGAAGAGAAAAUCUCGGACUCGGAGGGGUUCAAAGCUAACUUGUCUCUGCUGAGGAGGCCUGGAGAGAAAACUUACACUCAGCGUUGUCGGUUGUUCGUUGGGAACCUACCCGCUGAUAUCACUGAGGACGAGUUCAAAAGGUUGUUUGCUAAAUACGGAGAGCCCGGAGAAGUUUUUAUCAACAAAGGCAAAGGAUUCGGAUUUAUUAAACUUGAAUCUAGAGCUCUGGCUGAGAUUGCCAAAGCUGAACUUGAUGAUACGCCCAUGAGGGGUAGACAGCUUCGGGUUCGCUUUGCCACACAUGCUGCCGCCCUUUCUGUUCGCAAUCUGUCUCCGUAUGUUUCCAAUGAACUGUUGGAAGAAGCCUUUAGCCAGUUUGGUCCGAUUGAGAGGGCUGUUGUAAUUGUGGAUGAUCGUGGGCGAUCCACAGGGAAAGGUAUCGUGGAAUUUGCUUCUAAGCCAGCAGCAAGGAAGGCUUUCGAACGAUGCAGCGAAGGAGUGUUCCUGCUGACAACGACUCCGCGUCCAGUCAUUGUGGAGCCGCUGGAACAGCUAGACGACGAGGACGGCCUUCCCGAGAAGCUGGCUCAGAAGAAUCCCAUGUAUCAAAAGGAGAGAGAAACUCCUCCUCGCUUUGCUCAGCAUGGCACAUUUGAGUAUGAGUACUCCCAGCGAUGGAAGUCUCUGGAUGAAAUGGAGAAACAGCAGAGAGAACAAGUUGAAAAAAAUAUGAAGGAUGCAAAGGAUAAAUUGGAGAGCGAGAUGGAAGAUGCUUACCAUGAGCAUCAGGCGAAUCUUUUGCGCCAAGAUCUAAUGAGACGCCAGGAAGAAUUAAGACGUAUGGAAGAGCUUCACAAUCAAGAAAUGCAGAAGCGUAAAGAAAUGCAAUUGAGGCAAGAGGAAGAACGACGUAGAAGGGAAGAGGAGAUGAUGAUCCGUCAACGGGAGAUGGAAGAACAAAUGAGACGCCAAAGAGAGGAAAGUUACAGCCGUAUGGGUUACAUGGACCCAAGAGAAAGAGACAUGAGAAUGGGAGGUGGAGGAGCAAUGAACAUGGGAGAUCCCUAUGGUUCAGGAGGCCAGAAAUUUCCACCUCUAGGUGGUGGUGGUGGCAUAGGUUACGAAGCUAACCCUGGAGUUCCACCAGCAACCAUGAGUGGUUCCAUGAUGGGAAGCGACAUGCGUACUGAGCGCUUUGGGCAGGGAGGUGCGGGGCCUGUGGGUGGACAGGGUCCUAGAGGAAUGGGGCCUGGAACUCCAGCAGGAUAUGGUAGAGGCAGAGAAGAGUAUGAAGGCCCCAACAAAAAGCCCCGAUUUUAGGUGUGAUAUCUAGGCUUUCAUUCCAGUUUGUUUUUGUCCUUUCUUGUUUAGAUACUGAUCUUUUAAAUUCUUGCAUUUUAGUAAGAAAGCUACCUUUUUAUGGAUGUUAGCAGCUUAUUGACCGGAUAUUUGUAAAUGGUCUGUUUGGGCAGGUAAAAUUAUGUAAUGCAGUGUUUGAAACAGGAGAAAAAAAUUUUCUUUUUAUUUCCUUUUUAAUUUUUUUUAACUGUAUAAUGUCCCUCAAGUUAUGGCAGUGUACCUGUGCCACUGAAUUUCCGAAGUGUACCAAUUUUUUUUUUACUGUGCUUCAAAUAAAUAGAAAAAAAAUAGUUAAUAUUGAUCUUCAACUUUGCCAUUCAUGCUUCUGCACAUUAGGCUGAGAAGUCCACUUUGAAAGCAUGGACGUGUCUAGGGCUUGAAUGGCAAGUGCCAUUUCUAGAUGUAUGUGGAGGCUAAGUACUGCUUUCUAAAGAUCCGUGCCCCCUUGUUUUAAACCGAAGAGAUGAAGACUGAAGUAGUUUCAUGAUUUAUUUGGCAUUAUAGGAAGCAAGCUUUGGUGCUAAGUAUUUUUUAAAUGGUUAUGUAAGCAAAGCUGAACUGUAAAUCUUUUCAUUCAGGAAUAUGUAAUUAAGAUUGUGGAAUGGAUGUAAGAUGAUUGGUAGAGGAGAGACCGGGUUUGGUUAUGGCUCUUUCAUGGCCCCAUGAUCUAUCUCUUUGUUGAAAGGUUUUGAAAAAUGGAAAGAUUUUUGUUGCCUUUCCCCAUUCUUGUUUUUAAAGGAACAGCAGAAUCCCAAGCCCUUCAAAUGGCUUGUAUUGAACUUUUACAUUUGAAUUAAAGAUUGUUAAACAUGAAACCUUUUCAUGUAUUACUUCAAGUAAUUUAUAAAGAUGGGGUUUAGCCUGAAACAGCUUGAAAGCUAGUUACCCUAAAGUACAGCUAGCUGUAUACACACAUGGUGUACUCUGCAACUUAAAUCUCCUUGUGCUACCUCUGUUGGGCAGAUCUGUAGGACUAUAAAAAUCUAUUGGUCCUCUUCUAAGAGCGAGUGGUGAUUGUUGACUAAUAGGGUUGCAGAUAACAAUUCUUAACUGCAAAUUUGCUAACCAGUUUGAUAUAGCUUUUAAUGUAGCACUGAAUCAAAAGAAUUGCUUAUGCUGCAAAUCUUCCCACCAUAAAGCUUUGGAGUGUUGCGAUGGUGUUGUCAGUCAAUUGUCAACUUCAUUGAAUCUCCAACUCUAUUGCAGAUGGUUUCCUGUUGUCUACUAGUACAACGGGGGCUGAUUUCCCAGUGUAAACAUGCUAGAGAAGCAACUUGCUAAUGCUAAGUAAAGCAAUUGAAUGGCUGGCUUUGUUCUUAGUUGAUUCCAUUCAAAUCUGUACAUUAUAGUACUUUCACUAUGGAAUGUGUCUGCCUUUUACCUCUGUUCUUGGUGCUAAUUGGUAAAAGAAAUUCUAAAUCAAGCCUUUCAAACAUGCUGAAGUUUAGUAUUGUGCCUGAGUCUAUAAGGAGAUCCAUUGUUAAUUCAGUACUCUGUCUAUUGGAAGCAGGAUAGCAUUAAAACACCAGUGGAAUAUAAGCGCACAUUACCAACUUGUGGUGCAUAAUGUGCUAAUUGAGGCAGAAAGUCUGACAUGUUCGUUUUUUAUUCACUGACCCACUGAAAGUAGGUAGGGAUAGCCCUACGAUAAAUAAAUUGAGGGAAGGUGUUUUACACCAAAUGAAGUUAAGUGGUGGUAAAUAUGAGAUUUCUCUUUGUGGAAACAAGGGACUUGAUUUAAAAGGAGUCCGUUACAAUUUGGUUGAAUUGUACUGCAGGGACUCUACUGAUGACAAGAAAAUAAGGGUGUUCAUGCGACACCCACAGAGGGUGGACGUGAAUAAUGUGUGGGUGGGGGUUGGUGGGGAAGUGGGAAAAUCUGCCUAUAAAAUUAAUGUUUCAGUUUAUUUUUCAGAUUACAUGCCUUUCUUUAUAAGGGAUGCUGGCACAGACCCCCUUAAAUUAAGCUUUUGGUAGUACUGUACCUUUGAAGAGUGGUGAAGGAUGCUAAUGGAUUAUCUCCUGGAAGUUGUGGCUUUUGAGACCCUUGCUGUGGGCUGUAGAAUUGCUAAAGGAUGUUUAGCAAUUAAUGUACUUAGUGACCACUGACCUUUGACUCGCCAUCACUGCAUGAGCAGUGUACCAAGGGUUGUAAGACUCGUACUUUUGAGUAAGUUUGGGAAUGUAUGAUAGAUUCUAGCCUAAUGUGAAUUUAAGUCAUCUUAAAAUAAGUAAUUUCCUGAAAGUUGACCUGAAACUUUGGGCGGGAAGGGGAAAGUGAUGAUUUUUUGAAGUAUUGUAGCCAUUUUUCUCAUUUUAGGAAGGCUGCCCCAUUUCCUCUUCUCCACUUUAUUCUUGUAAUUUAAAGAGGAACAUUGGUUUUUAAAAAACUUGUUUCUACAAAUCUUUAUAUACUACAUUGUUUAAGAUCCCAGUAUAUUCAUUUGAUAGUCUGUAAGCUUAACCCAUUGGCUCACAUUACUUAAAACCUUAAUCCUGCCUGCUCAUGACAUAGAGUGAAGACAUGUAAACCCCACCACUCCUGUUAGAUGUACUGUAUUAUAUCACUAAUCAGAUAACAGUUUGGGGAGCCGUAAUGUUAUACCUGUGCAAUCUUUAUAAGUGGCAUAUUAUGGCAGAUGAAAAUUUAGGAACUUGGCUUUUCUUGGGCAAGCCACCAAGUUGUGGCGGAAUGUUUUCUGGUGUUCUUGGACUGCAAUUAUGCACUAUUAAAGUAGUGGCCUGCUACAUAACUGCGUUUAGCCAGCAUUUCUGCAGUGCGUAACUGUGAGGAACGUAGUACCGCAAAUGGCAAUGGACAUUAGGACCCGGAUGUAGUAUUCCUGCUUGCUCCAAGAUUCUCAUUGCCGACUGCAUACAGGUGAGGACCAUUGAUGUUGGCUGAUACUGGAGGACUCUAACUUGAAGGUGGAUAAGCAAUUUCUCGAAGACCUGCUACAGAGCGGGAGCCAAUUUAAAGAAAGCCCUAAUGUGCCAACAACCGAACAUCUUUGGGAUCUGGUGAGCUGUGUCAGGACAAAGAGUACAAGGAAGAAUCGACGCUUUAGGAAUAAAGACAUUUUUUUAAA